CUCCCGGACAUCACCACCAUGGGCGUCUUCCUCCGCACGCCCUACGAGGGGUUCAUGGUGGACAUAUGGCGCUUCAUGGCCAUUCGAUUCGGCUUAGGGCCGUCGUUCAUUAGUGAUUCGUCGAGGCGUCUGGUGUACGGGGCGCACGUGUUGACCACCGACGAAAUGCGUACGCCGUUCUACCGGAAGGUUGUCCUCUCGCCGGCCUCCCCGCGUCGCCCAGGCAGCUAUGGUACGGCCAUGCUGAUCCUGGACCUGGAUUUCGGCGCCCCGGCCUUCGCCACGACGGAGGACGCUGCCUGUAUGCUGGCGCCGUCGCUCGACGGCGUGGAGGACGCUAUCCACCACAACGGUUGGUUCCUCUCCGUCUCCUAUUCCGGCAUGGUGGAGGUGUGGCAACGUGACACUGAGUCUGGCGGUUACACGAGCACGGCUGUCACGCCAAGGCUGGCCAUUGAGGAAAGCGGCUCGCCGUGCCAUCGCAAGUACCUGGCGAUGGCGCCGGGUGGGCGGUUGAUGGUGGUGCUCAAGUACGCCCAGAUGACCAAGGGCAAGGAUCUGUACGGCCGGUAUAGGUGGACGUGCUCCUUCAAGGUGCAUGUCAUCGGUGAUGACGGGCAGUGGAAGGAGACGAGGGACAUUGGCAACCUCGCGUUGUUCGUCGGGGUGAACAACUCGUUGUGCGUGCCAACGAGUGAGCGCUCAGAUAUCAAGGCUGGCUGCAUCUACUUCACUGACGACGAACCGAGGGUCGCCGCCGCACUUGGCAAGCCCAUGGACUUAUGGGCUGACGAGUCCGACGCUCGGGCCGUUGGGGUGUACCGCCUCAAGGAUGGCACAGUAAAGAAGAUGGAGGCCCUCGGGCAUCACUACCGUACAUUGUCGGCACCAUCGGUGUGGAUCACGCCUUCUAUUUCAUGAUAUAGCAAGGUCGAUCUGUUUCGAAUUAGCUAAGUUUUCGCGUAUGAUCGUUAGCAGGGUACAAUUUUACAAACAUCGCAGAUGCGUACGUGCACCAUUUUU